AUGAACAAUACCAAGGCGUACAGCUUCAAAAUAACAAAGUAUGUCUGUAUUGGGACACCUUACAAACGCACCACGCUGCACUAUUGCAAAACGGUUCUGCAGCGUAAUCAACCCGCGAAAUUAACCGUUUCAUUAUCAGCGCCCGAGAUACUGAACUACGUCAUGGCAAAGAUUAAGGUGUACUACAAGUUUAACACUUAUCAACCGUUCCUCUUUGAUUUGGAGCAGGAAGCAUGCGAGUAUAUCCGCAACAGACCAGUCAUUCCGGAGACUGAUUUAGUUUACAACAUCGUUAAGGACACUGCUCCGAUCCUAUCGACUCCUUGUCCGCAUGGUAAUCGGUCAUACACGUUUGUCUGGUGGCUGCAGGACCGUUACACGCCCAAGUCGGUGCUCGCUGGUGACUACAGGAUUGAUGUGCAGUUCUUCACAAGAGACAAUGUGGUGUUGUUCGCAGGGGAAGCAUACAUUUCGGUACGCAGGAAGGGUGUGCUUGGGUCGAUGCUGGAAUGGUAG